AUGAUGGAUAGUCGGAUGCUUGAGCACCCCCAUAGCCAGUUUGAAGGCGCACUGGGCGGAAUGGUUGGGGUGGGCUUUCCGUAUCACCUCGGUCACCACCACGUCUACGAUCUAUCUGGGCACCAACUGCAAACCGCGGCCUCUGUACCCUUUUCCAUUGACGGAUUACUGAACGGUUCUUGUUCGGCCUCUGUGGUCAAUUCCAAUCCACUGCUCGCAUCUGGAUGUGGUGACAAUCAGCAGUACAAACUCACUGAUACUGGAGACCCAGAUAAGGAAAGCCCCGGUUGUAAAAGGAGACGAACUCGAACAAACUUUACGGGCUGGCAGUUAGAAGAGCUUGAGAAAGCUUUUAAUGAGAGCCACUACCCAGACGUGUUCAUGCGUGAAGCUUUAGCCCUGCGCCUCGACCUCGUGGAGUCGCGAGUCCAGGUGUGGUUCCAGAACCGUCGAGCGAAGUGGCGUAAAAAAGAGAACACAAAGAAAGGUCCGGGGCGACCGGCUCACAACUCCCACCCGACUACUUGCAGCGGCGAGCCAAUGGACCCGGAGGAGAUCGCUAGACGAGAACUAGAGCGCCUGGAGAAAAAGAAGCGAAAACAAGAGCGCAAACUUCUCAAAUCACAGAACAAGUCUAUGUCAGGGGAGGCUUUUCACACGCCAGGAUCUGACAGCGACAGCGGGGUAUCGCAAAGCACAGACAGCGAACAGCCACACCACACCGGGCCACUGUCUGACCCACACCGACACCAAACCGUGCCUAACUGCGACCAAACAUCGCGCCACCAUAAACCGAGCCAUAGCCAGAGAACAGGCCCGGGUCACGAAACGGGUGAACCGACAGAAUCUUACCAGGGCUGCUGUACCACCAGUGGCAUUACGCGCUCUUCAGCCCUACACAAACUCAACCCGUUCAGUGUAGAAAGUUUACUGGCGGACUCGACCCCGAAACGAAAGCCGAUGCAGGACUUUCCCCAAUUAUCGACUCAACGACCGCUGAUCGGUAAAGGCCACUUUCUUUUAUAUCCCAUUACGCAACCGCUGGGUUUCAUAGUGCCACAGACAGCUCUAAAACCUGGCCCAGAAGCACACAAUUCUGGACAGAAAUGUUCCAGAAAAGACAUUCCAGACAAAGAGAGCUUUUCUCACUCAAACUCGGGAUAUGACAUCAAAAGCAACCACAUGUGCAACGGUAUCCCCACCAGCCGACCAGAUAAUGAACAGGAGAAUUCUACUAGGGAAACUCCAAACUCUCCUGUCCGUACGCCGAGAGCGAGUCCAGUUCAAUCCACGGGAAGUUAUUCAGGGGCUAAUUUGAAACAAACGGAGGAUUUACACGUGGUCGGAUCAGAUGUGAAUUCGCUCAAGAACAGAAGCGCGUCCCCGAACCUAUCCGAAUGUUCCGACACAAGGACAGGCAGUUCGGCCGAGAUGAACACGGAUGGAGAAGAUGUAGACAUGGAUUGA